UUCAGUUCAGUCUGCCGUGAGGAGCGUUGAUAUGGACGCUGCUCCUUCUGCUCCGAGACGCGGCGACUUCUGCACGAACUGACGGGGAUAAGAGAUCACAACGUGUCAUGUUUAACGAGAGGAAUUAGAUUAGCAUUGAAUAUCAAGCUCAAAUAUCAAGUAUAGUCUAUGUGCCACCGGGAUCUUGCACGCACAGUGCGCAGCGGGUUUCAUUCUCGGUUCGCAAACUGAUUCACCGGGACACAUGGGUGGGAAUCUCGGGUGCCACCGGUCCAUUCCCAAGGACCCCACGGAUUUCUGCCAGGGCAAGCGCAAGUUCAGCGCGGCGUGCAACUUCAGCCACAUACUGGUGAACCAGGAGCGGCUGAACAUCAACACCGCCACCGAGGAGGAGCUCAUGACUCUGCCGGGAGUCAACCGCGGGGUGGCUCACAACAUCGUGGAGUACCGCGAAUGCAUCGGAGGAUUCAAGAAAGUAGAAGACCUGGCGCUGGUCAGCGGGGUCGGUGCCACGAAACUAGAGGCUGUUAAACUAGAAAUCUGCGUGUCGAGCAAGAACAGCUCGUCUAAUCACUCGCCCUCGUCUUUGCGCAAAGAGCAGGAGCACCUGCCGUGCACCGGCGUCAACAUAAACACCGCCACGCCGCCGCAGCUCAUGAGCGUCCGCGGCAUCACCGAGAAACUCGCCAAGAGCAUCGUGGAGUUCCGUUCCGCGCAAGGUCCGUUCCGGAGCAUCGAGGACCUGGUCAAAGUGCCCAGCAUCAACUCGUCUCUGCUGGACCGCAUCCGCUUCCAGGUGUUCGUGGAGCGCUCCAGGACUCCUUCCACGAACACGAACGGAGGGUUCACGCACCCGAGCCCCACGUCCUUCGGUGGCGGCAGCGAGCAGCUGGACGCUCCGCUCGGAGGACCUCCGCUCGUCUGCUCUGUGCGGCCCUGCGUCGAGCCUCCGGCGGCUGCGCGCGAUGGGAAGCCCGCGGUGCGAGUGGCCACCUGGAACCUGCAGCGCUGCUCCAGCGAGAAAGCCAACAACCCUGGGGUCAGAGAGGUCGUCUGUAUGACCCUCCUAGAAAAUGACAUUAAGCUGCUAGCGGUUCAAGACUUGGCCGAUCGGGAGGCUCUAGACAAGUUUUGUGCAGAGCUGAAUCAGCCCACUCUCUGCAGCGUACGCAAGUGGAAGAGCGCCAGAGGCCUGUGGAAAUGUGCCGUUUCAGAGAAACCCACCGGACAGUCCAAUAACGCUGCUGAGUACUCCGGUUUCCUGUGGGACAGCUCUUCUGGGAUCAAAUUGAAGGAUGCCACUGUCUUGGAAAAUGCUGCGACUAAUGGUAACGGGAAACAUCCUCACCCUCAGCCCUACCUGGGACAUUUUUAUAUUGGAUCGUCUGAGCUCACUCUGGUCAAUUUGCACCUGACAGCAGCGCCGUCGCCCGCCGAACAGAAGAGAAAAAGCACGUGUGACGAGCUAAAGGCUCACCGACUGAACGCUGGUAUCCAGGAAACUCUCAAAGGUGAGAGAGAGCUGCUGGUGCUGGGACACUUUGGCAUGGCUCCCGACAGCCCUGAGAUGGAGUGCCUGAGGAAAGAAAAACUGUCCGCCCUCCUCGCGCCGUACGUCUUUACAAACAUCAGCACCCGCACCCCGCAGGGAUCCCGCUGUCUGGACAACAUCUGGACCAGUCGCUCCCUCAAAAAGAUCUACACUGGUCACUGCUGGGUAGUGCGGGAGGGCCUGACCAACCCCUGGAUCCCAGAUAACUGGUCGUGGGGCGGGGUGGCAUCUGAACACUGUCCUGUCGUGGCCGAGUUCUUCGUGGACGUCAUGCUGAAGGAGCACCUGUGCGGUGGGAACCGAGUGGCGGUGGUGGAGAGAGGAGACUCCAUGUCCAAACACGAGCGAUGACCUUUGACCUUUUACCUUUUACAUGGUCCCUGUGGAAAAGUUCACCCGCGUCUGGACUGACACAAUGACUGUCUGAAUACAGAUGAUGAGAGCGAGAAUUGCACCAUGAUUGCCUUUUUGUCCGUUCAAUGUACAGAAGAGAUUCUAUAGCAACAAACAGUUGAUUUUAAUAUAGAACAAUAUAAUGAGAGAGAGAUAUUUAAACAUAGAUUUAUUAUACAUGUACAUACAAUGAAGUUAAAUAAGAAACAAAUGACAAGUGUGCCAAAACUUUUUAAGUGAGAACAAUAAAUCAAUAUUUACAACCUGA